CCGCCCUCCACCGCCCGCCUCAGGGGAGGGACCCGGCAGGUGAGGGAACGCUGCGGUCUGUGCUCGCCUCCGGCCAGAGCCCCUCGGGACGGAGAUUCCCCUCAGGUCAAGGCUCCCCUCAGGAGGCCUGGAUUUUGGAUUACAGACUUUGGAAGAAGGAGGAUCACGUCUCAGAUCGGAGCAUUAACUCUGCGCUGGACACGUGCCAAAACUUUCCAGUUCACCACAAGAUACCAGCAAUAUGCCUGUCAUAAAGUAUCCGAGGGCUAGAGAUCCUCUCUUUUAUGAAUGGGACAGGAAAGCCCAGAAAUGUGGAUUAAGACACACAAUUUAUGCUGUAAAUGGGGAUCAGUAUACUGGAGAAUGGCUGGACAACUUGAAACAUGGUAAAGGCACCCAGAUUUGGAAAAGCACAGGAGCUAUUUACAGCGGUGACUGGAAGUUUGGGAAGCGGGACGGUUAUGGCUCAUACAGCAUUCUUGACCCAGUGACCAAGGAAUACAAGAGGGUGUACACAGGCUGGUGGGAAAAUGACAGAAGAAGUGGCCGGGGGAUGUUCUUUUACCCCAACGGGGAGCUCUACGAGGGCGAGUGGAGCAAUGGCUUGCGCAGCGGCUGGGGAAAGAUGCACUACAAGGACGGCUCCACCUACGAGGGACAGUGGCUGACAGAUCAGCCCAACGGGCAGGGCCUGCUGCAGCUCCCAAAUGGAAAUCGGUACGAAGGAGGUUGGAAAGAUGGCAAGAAGCAUGGCCCAGGAAAAUACUUCUACCUAGAUAAGGGACAGCUGUUAGAAGGCAUCUGGGUAGCAGAUAUACCAAAGUGUGGAGUUCUGGUUGACUUUGGCAGAGACAACGCUCCAGCCCCUUCUGAGCUUCCCCUCCCAGAGAUUAAAUUACAUGAUCCAGCUGCUGUUUUAGCAGAGGCCCGGGCAAUGUUUGAUGACAGCCACAAUUAAUAACCAGAUGAAGAAAAAAAAAUUCAAGAACACGAUCCUGGGUUAUUUAUUCCUUCGAGUGUCAAACCCACACCGUGGUUUUUGUGUUGCAGUCGGCCUCAUCCUUCCCUCAAGGCUCUGCAGGUAUACUUCCCUCUGCAGGUGGCUUUGCUCAGUAGCCUCCUCCCAUCCCCAUUAUUUUGGAAAAGAAAGGAAAAAAAAUUAAUGGGGAAAAACCCAAAAGACAAGCACCAACAGGAUGGAAGAGAGGCAGAGUGACUCUUUGCUCAGCUCCUCUUAUUCCUCCUGCUAAGAAAUCACACUCCUGGUGGUUUCAAGGCCUUUGCUUUAGAGAAGGAGGGUUUCUAGUAUGUGUUUUAAAAGCACAUAGAAAAAUACAAUCAAGUAAUUGUGUCCUCCCCUCUGCCCAAACAUAGCCCAAUACAUACCUGUGACCCCAAAUGCCUUUUGAAGUUACAACAGAUCAUGUUUCAGUUAAUAAGUAUAUUUUAGGCCUCUAGAUAAAAAAUAAUCCACAACAAUUGAGUAUAUUUUAUUUCAUGAAAGUAUUUUAUACCCAAAUAAGUGAUAUACAAUAACCAAUGUUUAAAAUGAUUGAGGUAAAUGCCUAACACCGUUAGUAUAAAUAAGGGACAAAAAAUUUUAAGUGCACUCAAUGUUUAGAUCCAUGUGUUUGUGUCUGGUUACUGCCUGGGUACACAGUGACAAAGGUACCCAAGGAGUAACUUUCAUGACCAUUUCCACAGGUUGAAAAUGACAAAAACAUACUUGAUAUCAUGGCUUAAAGUGCAGAAAAUAGUCAGAAAAUUAGCUGUAAUAACAGUGCCAUUAGCUCAGAGCCUACCAGCUUGAGAAAACUAAAAAUAACCAUGUCUCACUAGCUUCUCAUUCCGUGCACCAGAAACAACAAGAAAAUCCCACACUUCUCAGCCACUUUGUAAAAGAUCCACAAAUCAAA